AUGAAACUCACAUCUUUGGUCUCAGCCUUCACUGCAUUGUCUUCUCUUUGUAGUGCUGCUGCAACAACAAAAGCAGUCUCUGCAUCUAUCACUUUCGACAACAACAGAAGAUUUCUGUUCGAUACUGAUGGCAGACAAAUCGAUGCGUAUGGCUCCAAAAUCAAUAACUUUGAGGGUAAAUUCUUCCUUUAUGGAAACUCGUUUUCGGAAACGGGGGUUGCGUUUGGGAUCAAGUCAAAUUCACAGGNNCAAUAUGAAGGAUUCCUCUUCGAUCCUUCCAACAAGAAUAACCCCUGCAAUGCCUCUGGAGGUUGUGGUCGUCCUCACAUCCUCUACAAUCCUGUCACCAGAACUUAUGUCUUGUGGGUUAAUGCCGGAGCCCCUGGAUACGCUAUUGCUACAUCGACUUCACCAACUGGUCCUUUUGUCUUUUCGACUAAAAGAGCACUUAUCGAUCCUGCAUUUGACAACCUCAACCCUGCAGACUUUACAGUUGAAGUCAUCGAUGGAGAGGGAUAUAUUGUCUUCUCAGCACUCGACUUCAAAUCUCCUGAUGCUGGAAAUGUGUGGCCUCCGAUUUUCCAGACUUUGCAUGUGGGAAAGUUGACCAAGGAUUUUAUGAAUACGACAAGACAGAGUUGGCCUGUGGCAUCUAAUGCAACAGAUCUGAUUGAUAAAGAAGCAGAGUCGCCGGAUAUCUUCAAACAGGGGGAGACUUACUAUAUUGCUGCCUCCAACACUUGUGGAUAUUGUAAUGGAAGUAUUGCGUUGUUGUAUCGCUCGCCUUCUAUCCAAGGACCCUGGACAAGACAGAUUCUGGAAGGGUAUUCUUGUAACGGACAGGUGGAGGGCGUGCUUCCUCUGACGAACCCAACCACCGGCGCUGUCACUAAUGUCUGGCAUUCGACUACUGUCCCCGGAGGUCCGCGUACUGGCUUCGGCGGCCAUAUUUUCCAACCCUUGAGGUUUAAUCCUGAUGGCAGUGCUAAGGAUCUCGAUUGUUCGACGACAGCAACUUUCCCUGUGACUNUUUCCAAAGGCAAUGGGGCGAUACCUCAAGGCAAUGCGACUAAAGCCCAAGACCAGACGCCGGAACUUGCUGUCUACUCCCCAGUCUGCGAUUCUGACAGUUUCAUCCUGUAUCAAACUUGGACAGCAUACAAGGCCGGAACACUCAAGAGUGUAUCUCUCAAUAUUGCCCGCGGAUCGCAAACCGUACCGCUUUCUCUUACGGUGUUUAAACUUUCUUCCGUCAACGAUCUGUUUACUCCUGGAUUCAAGUGGACAUCACUGGGCUCUGCAGCCUUCAACGCGAAUCAGACUUCGUAUACCUUUGACACUGUGUCAGUGCCUGUAACAACCAAUGCUACAGUCUCCAAAGGUGAACUUCUGGGUCUGUCUAUCUCUGGAGCUGAUUAUUCGCCUUGGUGUCAUUUGGAGUUUGACACGAAGAAUGUGUGUGGAUACAGGCUUUUCCAGCAGGGUCAGGGUCAGUAUUCUUGGAGGGGAUUACAGGGGAAGAAUCCGCCUGUUUAUGAGAGGGUGGGCAAGAGUGUCAAGUUUUUCGCGACGUAUGCUUGA